AUGGAACAUAGGAAAGCCACUCUGCUUGACGUCGAUCUGUUGAGGUUGCAUGAAGACGAUUUUGAUGAGGCACUUCAGCGACAAGGCAGCUGGGAAAGCCUUUCUGGGAGAGCAAGAACAGUGUACCCCCCUGAUCAUAUGGAUGGUACACUAUGGGUCACGGAGGUUGCGGUGCAGUUCGCUGUCGGUCAUCAAGGUAUCCAGCUUGGGGUGAAAGUAUGCCUUGUGGCCACCUGGAUUGGUCUGUACACUGGUCGCGAUAACGGCGAACACCUGGUUACGGGUAAGGCUACGUGCUAUGGAGCAUUUGGCAAUACCGAGCAGAGCCAUGCAGCAUCGGGUCAUUGUGGCCAAGCCAAAGAUGGUUGUCUGUGUCACAAAUUCAAAGGUUCGUUUUUUGACAAUGGGGUUGUAGAUCGGGUUGAGGAAAGAUCGAAUCAAAAGAAGUACCACCACUCUCCAUCAAUGGGAAUAUUUGAAGAUUAG